UGAUAUGCCUUUAAGAGUGUGUUGAUGGGCAGAAUUAAAAGACCUGGGGAAAGUAGCUAGAGCCUGGGACCGGGACAGUUAAGACUGAGAGCUUUUGAGUCCAUAGUUCUUAUUGUUAACUGUAAAUAAACUUGUCAAAACCACUACAUCAUCAAUAGGGGGGGCGUGUGUGCAUCCCUCGCAAAGAUUCCUCUCUAGACAGCCGCAGCAUGGAUGCGCUUGUGAGCUAAACCGACUGACCAAACCAUGCUCCCUGGAAACAAGCGACGACUCCGGCGCUGCAGUGCGCUCUCAAGCAUGUGGAUUUUUUUCAACUAUGUAACAGCUGCAGGAACAGUGAAGGUAUCAGUGGGGGCUGACCACAUUCAAGUGGUGCAAGGGAAAAGUGCCCUCUUGCCGUGCUCCUUCCAUACCACAGCACCUCUGGACCUUCUCAACAUUAUCUGGACAGUUGUCCCAGUGGCAGACCCCAGCCACCCACAACAAGUACUUGCUUACGAGCGGGGCGAGGUGGUGGAGAGCGUCUCCCGCUACACGGGCCGGGUGGCUUUUACCUUCUCACCAACCCAAGACGCCACCAUCAUGCUCAACGACACACGUGGCUCAGACAGCGGCUAUUACCAGUGCAGUGUGAUAAAUCCGCCUGAUACCACCACGCCCAACAUUGGGGUCAUCCAGCUCAUCGUAUUUGUACCACCAUCUAAUCCCAACUGCUCCAGUCAGGGCAAUGGCGACGAAGGGGGCGAUCUCCAGUUCUCUUGCACUGUAGAUGAAGGAAUGCCCAUCCCUACAUUUGCUUGGGAGAAGAUCCCACCUGCCUCAGAGCCCUUGGUGACCAGCUAUGAAGAUGACCACCGUAUCCUCCUGACCUUCCACAACCUGACCACAGAGGCCUCUGGCCUUUACCGCUGCACAGCCUCCAACAUGCUGGGCUCUGUCUCCUGCGCCUUGGAGCUGCGGGUGCACGUUGCCCCUCACAGCAGCACUUCCUUGGUGGUGGGGGUCACACUCAUGCUCAUCAUGGGCCUCGUACUGCUCACCCUCUUUGCUCUGGUCUUGUGGCUCCAUCACCGCAGCAGGAUCAAGUGGGAAGAGGAUGACUCGUACAAUGAGAUCAGACUUGAGAAUCCCUCCCUGGGACGACUGAUUGUUAACAAGAGCCCCCCUGGGGACUUUUCCACAUCCAGCCCCACGACCCAGCCUCUCUGGAUCUUCACGAGCUCCACUCCGAAUACCACCUACGCCCACCGUGAAUCGAGACACCAGCCCAGGAUUGCGAGCCAGGCCACGCUCCCGGGAGGGCUGAGAGAGCCCACGUUAGCCCACCAGGGAAGGCAGAGAAGCAGCAGCCUUUCUGAGCAGCUGGGAUCCUCAUCUGGAAGCGAGGACGAAAAGAAACCUUUCCCCAACCCUUCGCAGAAGCCCACGGGAUUCCUGGUGUAGAGGCAGUCACAAAAACAUCUACUCCUGAACUGAGCCAAGUGAUGGAUUUGAGAGGCUGGACUUUGUUUCCAGGAGACUUCUGCCCGACAAUUUAAGGCUACAGGGGGGCUCCGUGCUUUUAAAACAAAAAUACACCAUCAACGCGGAACAUUUUGGUUAAUGCUGUUUAACUGCAGAAGGGCUAGAAUAACAAACAGGAGAUGGUAGACAUUCUUAUUAUUUUGGGCAAGUGGCUCCCAAGGUCCAGCAUUUUGUUAAAACAAAGAUCAGGAGGUACCGGGGAAAGCAGGUCCGCCGACACAGCUGGCUUGAGAAAACGGCCCUGGACAGAUGGUCACGCUCAGAGUAAGCAGUUUCUGGGUGUUACUGGGAAGGGCACAGAAUAGGACAGUGGGAGAAUCUGAAAGAAGGCCCUGGUUUAAUCCCUGCGACCAGCAGGGCUUUCUUUGCCUGAGACCCACUGCUGAUUGAAGUGGGAAAGGCUGCAGCGUUUGGGACUCUUUGAUUUGGAGAGGAGACGUCUGAUGGGGGGAUAUGAUUGAAGC